AUGAAGGCCAUAGUUAUGCAAGGAGGAUCGAAGGCUGCACUGGUUGAAGAUCGCCCUCUUCCCAACUUACGCCCUGGGUAUCUCCUUGUCAAGGUGGCUGCGGUGGCACUCAAUCCAACCGACUGGAAACACAUUGAUUGGCAUAACAGACCAAAUCUUCUAUGUGGCUGUGACUACGCUGGGACGGUGGCUGCUGUGGGAACAAAUUGCUCAACGUCAUGGAAAGAAGGCGAUCGGGUUUGUGGGAUGGCUCAUGGGGGCAAUAAAUCCCAGCCCGAGGAUGGGGCUUUCGCCGAGUACAUCGUGGCAAAGGCGGAUGUGCAAUUGAAAAUACCUUCACAUAUGUCGUUUGCCGAAGCUGCUACUCUAGGAGUAGGCAUUCUUACAGUAGGGCAGGGUUUAUAUCAGGCAAUGGGACUUAAGUUGCCAAUGGAAGAUGAAAAGGAGAAGGAUAUCAAUAAAACAACAACAGGUGAAUACGUGCUUGUCUACGGUGGUUCAACAGCCACAGGAGCGUUGGGUAUCCAGUCACUACGGGCGUCGGGAUACCUCCCCAUCACUACUUGCUCCCCUCACAACUUUCAAUACGUCGCUUCGCUCGGUGCCGUGGCCUCCUUCGACUACCGUCGUCCCGACUGCGCACAGGCGAUCAAAUCAUAUAGCCACGGAAACCUGCGAUACGCGUGGGACUGCAUAUCAACGGAACGCAGCGCACAAAUUUGCGCCGAAGCCUUGGCCUCCGCGGGAGAAGGCGACCUGAGAUACGGAUGUCUGCUCCCCAUCGACUUCCCUCGCAAGGACGUCCGCGUUACACACACCCUCGCGUACACCGCCAUCGGCGAACCCUUUGACCAAGGCUGGGCGAAGUUGGCUGCUGGGGAUACCGAAGAUUUCAAGUUUGCGCAGAAGUGGGUUGCCGUCGCCCAAAGACUGCUGGAACGAGGGUUGCUUAAGCCGCAUGAACCCAGAAUACAGCCAGGUGGCCUAGAAGGUGUGGUGGAAGGCCUUGAUAUCUUGAGAAAUGACUCGGUCAGUGGACAAAAAUUGGUUUAUCAACUUUGA